GUGGUCGUAAUUGCGACCGCCCAGCGUCCGAAUUGGGCCUCUUUAGUAAUUGUUGUCCUGGAAACCGAAUCAGGGGAACCUCCAGCAGGGCUUGGCAGUGAUACAAGAGGGGAGAAGAUGGAACCUAUUUGAGGGUUAGCUGAAGAAUGGCAGCCGAAUCCCUAGGACACCACAGCUGCCAUCUUUUACAGCAGCUUCAUGAACAGCGAAUUCAGGGCUUUCUCUGUGACUGCAUGCUGGUGGUUAAGGGUGUCUGCUUUAAGGCCCAUAAGAAUGUGCUAGCAGCAUUUAGCCAGUACUUCAGGACCUUAUUUCAGAAUUCUUCGGGUCAGAGUCGUGACGUCUUCCAUUUGGACAUUAAAAACGUUGGCGGCAUUGGCCAAAUUCUAGAUUUUAUGUAUACUUCACACCUCGAUCUUAGUCAUGAAAAUAUCCAGGCAGUACUAGACAUUGCUCAGUGUUUGCAGGUUCCAAAUGUUCUUAGUCUGUGUUAUACUUUCCUGAAGGCUUCAGCCAGUGUCAUCAGUGGUACUAGCAACUUGUCAGGGCCUGGGACUAUUUCACUACAUGGGUCCCUGACAACUGAUACCGAGGAUAUGCUAGAGAAUAGUGAUGCUUCAGAGAUAAGCCGUGACUGCUCAUUUGGAAUACAGAACCAUAUUCAUAAAACACAGGAAUUGGGUCUUUUAUUUAGACCACUCUUAGAUAUUUCACAGGCUGAAAUAUCAGCCACUUUACAGAACCAAGCGCCUGGACCUCCAGACAGGAAUUCCUCAGUUUAUCCCAUGAAGCAAAAUGCUCAACAUGCUACUAAAUUGUACAACUGUUAUGGUAAAGAAAUGUUUAAUCAAAAGCUGUCACAUUUUUUCAAUAGUAGUCAAGGGGAACCAGGAAGAGAAGAUCUUGAUGAAGGCUUAGGAGCAGCAGUAACCACCAAGGAUGUGUCUUCCCUUGAUCAUUCUGAAAGCACUAAUACUGGUCAGGAGCCCUCUUCACCAGGCAUGUCCAUACACACAGAAGAAAGGUGGCCCUUUGGUCAGAGUGCAGGGAACAUUGAACCUCAACCCAUUAGGCAGUUGCCUCUUUUGAAAAAGACAAUCCCUCUGAAGAAAUAUGAGUAUUUGAGGUCCCAGAAGCAGCUUGAGUCAACUUCUGUGCAACCUAAAUUGAAUGAAGCAAUUGAAAUGGAGAAAAUUAAUGAACAUGCUGCAGAACAUGCUGCGAAACAGCUGCCUAAAGAGAAUCAGAGUCAAGGCAUUGAUCCUGGGGAAAAAGACCAGGAACACGUGAAACAAGCUGACUCGCCUUUGACGGGGAGUGAUCUGCUGCAGGUUGGGCGUGCAACUGCUGGAGAUUCGGUGGAAGUUCUUGACCAUUUAAAUAACACAAAUGUUCAGUCCCAGCUUUGUCAGUCGCAAAAGCAAUAUUGUUGUGAACUGUGUGGCAAAACUUUUAAGCACCCAAGCAAUCUCGAGUUACACAGACGUUCUCAUACAGGAGAAAAGCCAUUUGAGUGCAACAUCUGUGGGAAGCACUUUUCACAGGCUGGAAAUCUGCAAACUCAUUUACGACGACAUUCUGGUGAAAAGCCAUACAUUUGUGAAAUCUGUGGUAAAAGAUUUGCUGCCUCAGGUGAUGUACAACGCCACAUUGUUAUUCACACAGGCCAGAAGCCUCACUUAUGUGACAUUUGUGGUCGAGGUUUCAGUAACUUCAGUAACUUAAAGGAACACAAGAAGACACACAGUGCUGAUAAAUUGUUCACAUGCGAUCAGUGUGGGAAAUCAUUUAAUAUGCAGCGGAAACUUGUCAAGCACAGAAUCCGCCAUACAGGAGAGCGACCGUAUAACUGCUUAACGUGCGGGAAACGGUUUGCGGGAUCUGGUGACUUGCGUCGCCAUGUCCGAACACACACCGGUGAAAGGCCAUAUAACUGUGAGACAUGCGGAAAAUGCUUCACCCGUUCUGCUGUUCUGCACCGACACAAACGAAUGCACUGCAGAUACAAUGGAGAUCAUGAAGUAAGAAAUGAGGAAAUUGACAGCCCUGAGGAAAAUUAUCAACAAGCUGCAGAGCAAAGAUCUCCAAACUCUGAACCGCUCAGCCAAGUUAUGCAAGUUGCCUUGUUGCCCGUAUCUCCUUUAGAUAAGCUUCGAGGUGACCCAGAACCGCCUUCUCUUGGAGUGCCUGAGCAGUCAGCACCCAUGCAUGAGAAUUCUCAUUCUGAAUACAAUUCUUUGGUGCAACAAGUAGAUGACCAUCCAAACAAGAUGGUCUUAGGCUCUGCCAAAACCCACAAACCUCAAGCCCCCCACCAGCCCAAUACAGACACUGUUGACAGCAGUCUAAGGCCUGAAGAGUCCUUAUCUUCCCAAAACUCCUCGACUGUGCGAUCAUCAGUUACUAGCCUGGACAUUCACAUCAAUGUGCCCUUUGGAAAUCACACCCAGUGUUUCAUAUCGAGCUAAUGAGGGACCUUUCCUCUCUAGCCUGACUCUGUGGGGUCUAGCUAUGAAGACUUUACAAAAUGAUAAUGAUUUAGAUCAAUGACAGUCAUUUACUAACUAACUAUGCGGCAAUUUAAAAGCACUUUGAUUUUAUUUUUGCUGUGAUUGAUGGCUCAAGGAGAAAUGUAUUUUUGUAAGUUUUAAUAAAUGUAAUCUUAGAUACUUAAUGAAAUCUGAUUAUGGGACCAUAUUGGUAAUUGAUAGUGUGUGUUAUGUAAAGAAGGAUAAUUUUGUCCUAGAAGAAAAAGGUGUCCCAACAUAGGCAGUAAGUUCAUGAAUGAAAGUGUAUCGAUACUUUGCAGCUAGAAAUUCAGAGCAAUUUAUUAAAAAUAAUCAUUGACUGGUCUUCCCUUCUAAUUCAAAAACACUGGCUCUCUUUGAGCCCUUGACGCUUAUCAUUGGGUCUGAAAUAAAUUAUGAACAAAAAUACAUGGUAGAGAAAUGAUUAUACACUAUUUAUCUGUUAUUGCCUAAACAAGCAGCUGAUAGUAUAAAUUUUUUUAAAUUUUAUUUCUGUCAUGGGAUGUGAGAUUGUUGGCUAGGUAAACAUUCUUAAUUAUCCUCGAGAUGGAGAAGGUGGUGAUGAGCUAUUUUAUUGAAUUAUGCUUUGUGGUGAAGGUAUGUCUACACUGCUAUUGUGCAGAAAGUGAGAAAGAAACGGAGAUAUAUUUCCUUGCCAGGAUUUUAUGUGACUUGCGGAUGGAUCUUGCAAAUGGUGCUAAUCCCAUUCAUCUUGCUGCACUUGUUCUUUAGGGUGGUAAAAGUGGUCAUUUUUGGUUGGAACUGGUGAAAAUGCCAUUGCAAGUUGCAGCAAUGCAUUUGUUACUGUGAUCACAGCAGCAAUGGUGCAUCAUGGUGGCAAGAGUGAAUGUACACUCUAAAACAUAUAGUGAUUGUCGUUUGCUUUGUCUUGGAUAGUCUUGAGUGUUGUUAGAGUUGCACUCAUCCAGACAAGUAGAUUAUAUUCUAAGACACAAAUAAAAACAGAAAAUGCUGGAAACAUUCAGCAGUUCAGGCCCGUCUGUGGAAAGAGAAGCAGUGUUUUUCAGUUUGAAGACCCUUUUGCUGAGUGCUUCCUGCAUUUUCUGUUUUUAUUUCAAAUUUCCAACAUAUGCAUUUUUUUGGUUUUCAUUCCAGUACAAUCCUAACUUUGACGAGUUAGAUGAUGCACUGGCCAUUGGGAAGUAAUUAUGGGGGCUUGUCCAUGCCAUUGAAAUCAAGGCUAUUACAAGUGCUUGCAUUUUAUGAUAAUGCAAUUCUUAGUUGCUUUACUUGAAUUCCACUCUUAUGUAUAUUUUGGAGGUGCAGGUCUGCCCCAUAAUCACCACCCGCAAUCAAUCCUCUCCUGAUGUUGUCGUCCACAUCUUGAUCAGAUCAGUCCUCUGGCUUAAAGGGUCUCAGUGUCUUAUUAGAUCUGACUUCAGGCCCUAAGCCCAAAACUCUCCUGACAGCCUUUUGAUGUUUUAAAAUGUUGCCUUGUUGGUUCAGAGACAGUUUAAUGUCUAUGAUUAUCCAAAUGAGAUUGAUUAGUAACUUGAACCAUAAAAUCAAUUCAAAAACUAGCAGCAUUUGAGUGCUGAUUGCCAAUUGGGCACAAAACGGAAACAUUGGCCCUGAUGUUUUAAGACGACCUUCUUGUUAAACACCCCGUGAUUCUUCCUCUGAUUGUCUGUCUUGGCCCAUAGUUUUGCUGAAAAGAAAUUCUGAUACUCUAGUAAUUAGCUAUCAACAAUGACUGCACCAAUCAAUACUUCAUUGGCUGUAAAGUACUUAAGUGUAGCUGGGUCACAAACACUCGACUUAUGGAGUUCUUAUAAUACUAUUAAAUGCAAAAGUUUAACGUACGUACAUUCAUUCGUACAAACAAUAGAACUAAUUUCCUCUACGUCUCUGUCGCUGUCUCACUCUGUCGCUGUCUCUCUGUCUGUCUCUGUCUCUCUGUGCUUUUGAUGCCAUUCAUUACAAUACUGUGGAGGUAUGGUUACUGUAUUGAGUGAUUUUUUUUGUGUAUUUUUCAACUUAUAACAAAAUUGACUUACUGACAUCUUUAAAAACGGAUCCUGUGCAUUACCUGGGGGUGGCCUGGAUUAUCAUCUUUGAAGGGAAUAAACAUGCUCUUUGACAACACAAUUUAAAUAAAUUCUGUCCAUGCCGUUGUGUUGUCUUUGUUAGAAGUAAAUGCAAAAUGUAAACAUACUGAUAGACUAGCUUCAG